UGGAUGACGAUAUCUUGUAUUUGACAAAGAAUUAAGGACUUGUUUGUUGUUAUAUUUAGCGUGACUACUUUGAUCAUUACCUACAGAGAGAAAGAUGGCAAUGCGAAACCUUGUGGAAGGGGAGUGUGGAGGGGCCAACUCUCUAAUGAAGCUAACAAGUCAUUUCACACAGGAUAAGGCAUUGCGACAGGAAGGUCUAGUACCUGGUAGACCCUCAUCACAUCUUGGAGUGGCAAGUCGUCCCAUCAAUGAAAUUUCAGAGCAUGAGCUGGUUGAUGAGUUUCUGUCAGGCCCACGGACAUCUAUGGCCCCUCAAACGUUCCACAUGGGAGGCCUUCUGCAGGAAAUGAGAGAGAUUGAGGAGGCUGAACUGAAAUAUGCCCCACAAAGAGCACUAGGAAUAGCUGAACUGGCUUCACAAGACCACUGGGCAUCUGAGUUUCUGAGUGAUGGGAAAGGAUCGGGACAACAAGAAUGGGCAGAUGAUUUUAUGUCCCAGAAACCUGCAAUACUACCUCCUACAGAUGUCAAAUGGGCUGAAGACUAUCUCGACCAAUCAGAACACAGGCCCUGGACAGAAGAAUUUGAAAAAGAAUUAAUUUUAGAUGAUUCCAAAUGGGUUGAUGACUUCACCACAGAACAGUCCAAUGAUGCUGAGUUAUCUCAAACAGCCAAGGAACUAGUGGGAGGUAUAGACGACCCCAAGCUAACUAACUCUGAGUUUAUGAAGUUUGUGAAGAGGAUAGGAGAUGGGGAGGUAACUAUAAAAGAUAACGAGGUUAUAGAGAAAACUCCUGUGGAACGGGCUGACGAUUGGGCCCAGGAAUUUGUGACACAUCAGACUGCUGGGAAAUCUGUUGUUGACCAAUGGGAAGAAGAGUUUGCUGAAAUGGCAGGAAGUAGACACACAGAUGAUGAGGAAUUCUGGGAUAAAUUACAACAACACUGGGAGGAAGUAGAUAAAACAAGAGAAGAUGGCCAUCCCUGGCUAACAGAGUUUGAGGAGACAGAACCAUUUAAGGUGUAUGAGUUUGAACAAGAAAAUCCUCUCCUUGAUCACCCAGACCCCUUCCAGGCUGGCAAAGAGAAGCUGAGUGAAGGAGAUAUUCCUAAUGCUGUCCUACUGUUUGAGGCAGCAGUACAGAAAAAUGAAGAGCACAUUGAGGCUUGGCAAUACCUUGGAACAUCACAAGCUGAGAAUGAACAGGACCCUGCAGCCAUUGCUGCACUUAAAAGAUGUUUGGACCUGAGUCCCGGUAACUUGACCGCCUUAAUGGCCCUCGGAGUGAGCUAUACAAACGAGUCCUUGGCCUCUCAUGCGUGUCAUGCACUCAUGUCCUGGCUGAAACAUAACCCAAAGUAUGCUGCCCUGGUCCCAGGGGAGAUUGAAAAUGAACCCAAGGCCUCCUCCUAUGUAUCAAGUUCAGAACAUGGGGAAGUUAAGGACUUAUAUAUUGAGGCAGCGAGAAUGUUUCCCCAGGAUAUUGAUGCUGAUGUACAGAGUGGACUGGGAGUGCUUUUUAACCUCAGUGGAGAGUAUGACAAAGCUGUCGACUGUUUCUCAGCAGCCCUACAAGUCAGGCCUAAGGAUGCAUUACUGUGGAACAAGCUAGGAGCAACACUUGCCAAUGGUAACCGGAGUGAGGAAGCUGUGGAGGCCUACCACCAUGCUUUACAGAUAGCACCGGGUUACAUACGGUCACGUUACAACCUCGGUAUAGCUUGUAUCAACCUCGGGGCCCACAAGGAGGCGGUGGAACAUUUUUUAACGGCCUUAAAUAUGCAGAGUCAAAGCCGUGGCCUAAAAGAUCCACAGUUUGUUAUGUCAAAAAACAUUUGGAGUACUCUACGUAUGGCAGUGUCUUUGAUGGGCCGGCCCGAUCUUUAUGAAAUCUGUGAUAAAAAUGACUUGGAACGAUUGAAACAAGAAUUUGGUAUGGGGUCCUGAUGUCAACAAUGCCCGGCGUCAGACACUGUGUGUAGUUCUUCUGAAAGAGAACAUCAACACACUGCUCAAGACAGUCUGGAAUGCUUGCCGGGAGUGUUACGUCUGAUGCUAAGCAACUGAAGAAAACUCUUAUGGCUGGUGUUGUUAUAUCUAUGGAAGUUAAAAUCUUCUGUGAAUGGAUGUGGCAAUAGUUAUGAAAAGGACAUAAACUCUUAUAUAUUGAAAAAUCUUUGUUUUAAGAAAUAUUCAUCCUUUAGGAAAACAGAUGAGAUAUAUUGGGAGAUAUCAAGAGAGAUUUCUGCAUUUUAUCAUUAUCACCAAUAAUUUGUAGAUCAUGAAUGUUGAUUAUAAAAUUAUUGUCAUCAUUAUCACAAAUACUAUGUGUGCCUUUUUCUUUCACUGCACUCUUGCCCACCCCAUCAUCCUGCCCCCUACAGCCCAAGUAACCAACAUGAUAGGGAAAUAUAGCAGGUUAGGAAAGGUUUAUUUUGACUAAUGAAAGAAAUCUGAAAAAUGAAUUUUUAUACGCCCGUCAAAAGACAGACGUAUUACGGUAGGGCGCUGUCUGUCCGUCCAGCGUCCGGCGUCCGUCGUAAACUUUUAUUUGUCCGGAGAUCUCCUCCUACAUUUUUCCAGCCGAUCUUUAUGAAACUUGGUAGGCUUAAUCACCAUAUGAAGUUGUGCUU